AAUUAGCAUAUUAAAUUAUUUGUUCUAAUAGCUUUUAAUUUGAUAUUGUUAUACGAAAGCUCAGUGGCACGCAGCAUCUGCGCAGAUGAUGUGCGCAUAAUCUACUAGGACCAUCUGCUCUGGGCAUUCGUUGUGAAAGCUGCAUUCUGUCGUGCCAGUCAUCGAGAGCGUGUCCACGGAGUCGGUCCUUCAUAAACACAUAUGUGUGAGUUUUUCUAUCGCAAAAAGACAGAAAAACUGAGUUUGGAAAAAAUUUUGUGUUUAUAGAUGGAAAAGCCGUCCAUCAAAGCUAUAUACAUUUGCGUUUCUACAUACAUAUUCAUGUACACAAGAAUAAAAGACUUCAAUAGUAUUUGAAAUAAAUGUUGCAUAACUCUUUAGUUGUUAACAAAAAAUUACAAUAUGAAUUGGAAAGCUGAAACACGACGGAAACCUUCUUAUGAUUUAUUAUUUGUAUUGACUUUAUGUGUUUCUGCCACUGCCACAGAAGUAUCAAAUUACUUUGAUACGCAAGGUCCGAGUUUUUCGUUGGAGCCACCUAGUAGAGUUGAAUUUUUAAACACUGUUGGAAACACAGUCCAUUGUAUUGCUCAUGGAAAUCCUGUGCCACUAGUCCAAUGGCUUGAUAAGGAAAAUAAUCCAGUCACAUCAAUAUCAAAGGUUCAACAUCUUUUCCCAAAUGGCUCACUUCAUUUUCCAUCAUUUGCUGCAGAGGAAUUUCGACAAGAUGUUCACUGGGCGAUAUAUCGUUGCUCAGCAUCCAACAGCGUGGGUACUAUUAUAUCCAGGGAUGUGGUAGUAAAAGCAGUGGUCUAUCAACAUUAUGAGCCGGAGGUCCAGAACCCUGGUGGAUUUAUUGGUAGCAAUGUGCUGAUUAAAUGUAACAUACCGUCGUUCGUCAAGGAAUAUGUGACAGUAACUUCCUGGUUGCAGGAACCAAACUUUAAUAUAUAUCCAUCUUUAGAAGGAGAUGGUAAAAAUCAUAUGUUGCCUACGGGUGAACUUCUCCUCUAUAACAUCACCAGAAGUGAUUCGCAAAAGAUUUACCGUUGUCGAACACAUCAUAAAUUGACGCAGGACUCAAAAGUCAGUAGUAAUGCUGGCAAAAUUCAAUUAACAGAAAUGCGAGAGCUUGUUCCACCAAUAAUGAAUGACAAAAAAAUUGCAAUAAUGGCCAGAGUUGGAGAUCCAUUAGUAUUACCAUGUAUUGCCUAUGCGAAUCCAAAACCAACAUACAGGUGGCAUAUUACACGUUCAAGCAAUGAAGAGUCUAUGCAGCACAUGCUUGCGACUGGACGCGCCAAGAUCAAAGACGGAACUCUUAUUUUAUCAGCCAUCACAAAAAAUGACGAUGGGAUAUUCUAUUGUACAGUUACUAAUUCUGAGGGUAGUGAAACUCUAGAAGUCAAGCUGUCAGUAUCAUCGCCAUUAAGUGCAAGCGUACAGCCCCGAAUACAGACUGUGAAUCUUGGACAUACGGCUGAUUUAAUUUGCAGUACGUCUGGAUUUCCAAAGCAACAAGUCUUAUGGUUUAAGGAUGGAAAAACAUUACGCUCUGGGGCUCGUGUUCGUCUUCUGUCAACGGAACAUAUACGAAUUACAUCAAUUGUUAAGGAAGAUAAGGGAAUGUAUCAAUGUAUGCUAAAGAACGACUUGGAGUCAAGCCAAUGUUCUGCCGAGCUAAGAUUGGGAGAAGUAUCACCUCAAUUGCUUUAUAAGUUUAUAGAGCAAACUAUGCAGCCUGGACCUUCUGUUUCGCUUAAGUGCAGCGCUAGCGGUAAUCCGACACCCAAAAUUGUUUGGCAAUUGGAUGGAUUUCCUCUUCCAAAUAAUGAUCGUCUUAUGAUUGGACAAUAUGUGACCACAUUUGGUGAUGUUAUUAGCCACGUCAAUAUAUCAGCUGUUAAAUCAGAGGACGGCGGGGACUACGAAUGUAAGGCGAUUUCUAGAGCUGGUGAGGUUAUGCAUUCUGCAAGACUAAAUAUAUAUGGUAUGCCCUAUAUAAGACAUAUGCCAAAAAUAUCUGCUGUUGCUGGCAAAGCUUUUACUUUAAAAUGCCCUAUUGCCGGAUAUCCAAUAGAAAGUGUAUUUAUAGAGAAAGAUGGUAUUAGACUGCCAAUCAAUAUGUGACAGCGGGUCCAAAAUGGAACUCUUGUAAUAGAUAAUGUACAACGAGCCGCCGAUCAGGGCACAUACACAUGUAUAGCACGAAAUAAGCACAAUUACACUUCGCAACGAUCCGUAGAUGUUAAAGUCUUGGUUCCACCCAAGAUUACACCAUUCUCAUUCGCACGUGAUCUAAAUGUCGGGGACCGUACAAGCAUUCAGUGCGUUAUUGGCACCGGGGACCUGCCGCUAACAUUUACUUGGCUAAAGGAUGGAAUAGCCCUGCCAUCGGCAGCAUCCGUCGACAGUGUCAAAUUUCUACCUCCGGAUCCAUCGUUAACAAUCAAUCAUUAUACCCCAUUUUCCAGCAUAUUGUCCAUACACAACGUCUCCUCAUGGCACAAUGGUAACUACACUUGCAGUGUGGCAAAUCAUGCUGGCGUUGUUGAAUAUACAGCCGUUCUUUCGGUUUCGGUUCCUCCACGCUGGACUUUGAAACCUACUGACCAAGAUGCAAUCUUAGGAAAUUCUGUAGUAGUAUCGUGUAAAGCUGAUGGAUUCCCCGUACCCACCAUUCAGUGGAAGCAGUCCAUAGGCGACUCAGGGGACUAUCGUGAUCUUAGCUAUGCUAUUAGCAACGGAAACGCUCAAUCAGUUAUUAUGGCUCAUUCGAAUGGAUCUCUGAUGAUAUCGCAAGUUUCCCGCGAACAUGAGGGCAGCUAUCUAUGUCAAGCAAUCAAUGGUAUAGGAGCGGGCUUAAGUACCCUAAUUAAGUUAACUGUUCAUGUUGGCCCCUCAGUUACCGUGGCCAAAAAGCAGUUGUCGAUACGACGUGGUGAUCGAGUUACAUUGCGCUGCGAAGCAACUGGAGAUCAGCCCUUAGAAAUAUCUUGGAGAUCGAAAGCAAGUCGUAUCGAUCCAUCAUAUGAUAUCCGUUAUCAUAUAAAGAACUCACCUUUGGCCCGUGGAGUAUCAUCAGAGCUGACUAUUUUACAAACGGUUCUAACAGAUAGAGGAGAAUAUACUUGCAUAGCCAACAACGCGUAUGGGCGGGAUCGAAGUGUUAUACAUGUUCAAGUGCAGGAACCUCCAAAUUUUCCAGUUAACCUGCAUGUUAGGGAUCUUGGAAGUCGGUCAGUUACAUUGGCGUGGUCUCCAAACGAUCAGGAUUCAAUAAUAUUGGGAGGAGGUGGUGGUAAUAACCGGGAUGCACAGCCAAUAUCAAAUUAUAUUUUGCAAUAUAAAAAAGCUGGAGAUGUCUGGCAUGAACACAACAACCAAAAGCUUCUUCCUGGUGAUAGAACAACGGCCCAACUGGGAUCUCUUCGACCGGCACAGGUGUAUCACAUAAGAUUGUUUGCAGAAAAUCAUUUGGGUACCAGUGCCCCCAGUGAUAUAUUAUUUGUACAAACAGAUUCAGAAGUUCCAUCUGCCCCACCGCAAGAUAUUACCGCUGAACCACUUGGACCACAACAGCUUUUGAUUACUUGGCGAGCACCUGUACGGGAUUCAUGGAAUGGAGAUCUCUUAGGCUAUACAAUUUCAUAUCAAAAACAGGGUACUCCAGAUAAUGGGAAAAAUCAUACCAAGGUUGGAAGUUUGACCACAGAAGGCUUAAAUGACUUCCGGUUAACUGGAUUGGAGAAGUAUACUCAGUAUGGAAUUACUGUAUCUGCAUUUAAUAUAAAAGGCGACGGCCCCCCGAGUGAUGUGGUAUUAGGUCACACUUUAGAGGACGUUCCUUCCGCAUCUCCUCGAUCAGUGUCAUGCGUCGCACUCACUGCCCAAAAUAUUCAAAUAUCGUGGCAGUCCCCACCAAAGAAACUAAGUCACGGAAUUAUUCAAGGCUAUAAGUUGCUUUAUGAACCAGGGCUUUUAGAAAGUGAAUACAGCGUUCGAGAGACAAAAAUAACAUCGGCUCUCAGUACAGUGCUCCAUGGCUUGCAGCCAUUCACAAAUUAUAGUGUUCAAGUAUUAGCAUUUACUCGGGCUGGUGAAGGCGUGCCCAGUUCGGCUGUAUCAUGCAUUACAGAAGAAGCAGUUCCGGAUGCGCCGGAGCUUGUCAAAUCAGCAGUGAAUACAGAAUCUUCAGUGAUUGUUAGCUGGCUACCCCCAAGACGGCCCAAUGGAUUAAUUACUAAGUACAAUGUUUAUAUACGAGUUCUUGAAAAGGGCCAGGAGCUGAAAAUCCUUAAAGAAAUCUUACCAGCACAUAAUAGACAUUUUGAAGCAAAAGACUUAAAUUUUCGAGAAACAUAUGAGGCUUGGGUCACAGCAUCAACAAGAGUGGGCCAGGGGCCAAGUACUCCAGUAAUUAAGUUAGUACCUAGCACAACAAUACCAGCUGCAAUAAUAUCAUUCAGCCAGACAUUGUCCGUCAAUUGGAGGUCAGAUAUUAAAUUAGCAUGUAUAUUUGUUGGAAAUCCCAAAUCAACUGCCGAAUGGAAAAUACUCAAUACGCGGUCCAAGAAGCAAUUUCCGUUAGAAGUUAAUUCUGAUAACACGUUAAGUCUACGUAAUAUCCAACGAUCGCAUGAAGGCAAUUAUUCGUGUAUUGUUAGAAAUCCAAUGGGAUCAGAUCACAUUGUUUAUCAGCUAUUUGUGCAAGUUCCACCUUCCCCGCCCGUUGUGUCUAUAAAUUCGGCGCACAAGAAUUCGGUGUCCAUACAGUGGAGAGUCGACGAUAUUGGCGGUGCUCCAAUUAGAGGAUUUACUUUAACCUAUAGGCGUGAGUCUGCUGAAUGGGAUGAGUUGCAGAUUGAUCGGCGAAUUACUUCAUAUAUGAUUGAAAACCUACAAUGCGGCACUAAAUAUCAAUUUGCAAUGACUUCCUUCAACAAAAUUGGCACUAGCGUAACCAGUGGUAUUGUAUCAGCACAGACAAAAGGAAACAAACCAAUAGCACCACAAAAGAACAGUUUCAUACGUUCGAAUACAACAUCAGUUAUCUUGGAUUUGUCCUCUUGGCAAGAUGGUGGAUGUCCAAUACUUCAUUUUAGUAUUGAAUUUAGGCACUAUAAAGCUUCCAGUGAAUGGAUUAUAGUUUCAAAUAAAAUUGAAGCACAUAAUCGUUAUAGUAUUGGAGACUUGGAGCCAGGCACUGCGUAUCAGCUACGUGUUACGGCUAACAACAACGCUGGCUUCACUACAAAGGAAUUUUAUUUUGAAACACAGAAUUUGCUUGGAUUAGCUGGCAGCUCGGAGUUUGAUGUGAUGCCCGAAGAGCAAACUGUGUUCAGUGAUGCUCACUUUAUAGCAGUUAUCAUAACAUCAAUUUUCGGAACAAUUCUUGCAUUAAUUGGAGCUUUUAUCUGCUUCAAAAAUUAUCCUCAUACUUUGUUUACACGUAAUGUUGAUUCAUUAAGGCCACAAAGUAGUGCUACAGAUGGAAAGGAUAUUCAAAGUCAUGAACACUUUUAUGGUACAGUACGAAAAUCUUGCCAGCAAACCCAGAAUGAAGCGGUUGCUGGACUUGAGCGAAUUCCCGAAUACUCAGAAGACAUAUAUCCUUACGCUACAUUUCAUUUACCAGAACAUGAAAACCAGUCCGGAAAUAUUCCUUUGAGCUACACGGGCAGCUCAUUAAAGUACGAUUCUCGCUGUGAAGAUGAUAAUACUUUAUGUAACUCGGGGUCGAAAGGAAUGCGCCCUGCAUCAACGAAUAUAGGUGGUAUCAACACAAAAGUCAAACUUCCGAAUGUGAUGAUAGUUGAUGACAGCAACAAUAUAAAUACUGAAAAGCGACUAAAGCGUCGAUCGAAAAUUAUAAAAUCAGAAUCGGAAGACCCGUGA